AUGGCUGUUCACGUACCUUUAUCUUUGGAAGCUCAAGCAGAAGCUCGUUUACUUAUGUUUUCUCAUAUGAAUCUCUUGUCUCCAGCUAUUGGAGAUCCCGUUUCCGUACCAACUCAAGAUAUGCUUAUUGGACUCUAUGUAUUAACGAUCGGGAAUCCCCGAGGUAUUUGUGCAAAUAGGUAUAAUCAAUAUAAUUCUAAUUGCAGAAACUCUAAAAAGGAAACAGUUUACAAGAAUGACUUUAAGUAUACAAAAGAGCCGUAUUUUUCUAGUUCUUAUGAUGCACUUGGAGCUUAUCGGCAGAAACGAAUCCAUUUCAAUAGUCCUUUGUGGCUCCGGUGGAGACUAGAUCAACGCGUCGUUGGCUCAAGAGAAGUUCCCAUCGAAGUUCAAUAUGAAUCUUUUGGUAAUUAUAAUGAGAUUUAUAAGCACUAUCGAAUAAUAGGAAGUGUAAAAAGAGAAAUUCGUUGUAUAUACAUUCGAACUACUGUUGGUCAUCUUUCUUUUUAUCGAGAAAUAGAAGAAGCCAUACAGGGAUUUAGGAAAGGAAGUUUUCGAAUCACUGACCCAGGCCCAUUGUGGAAUCUUACUCAGCAGAAUAUGGAGGUCCUUAUGGCAGAACGGACCGAUCUGGUCUUUCACAAUAAGGUGAUAGAUGGAACUGCUAUGAAACGACUUAUUAGCAGAUUAAUAGAUCAUUUCGGAAUGGCAUAUACAUCACAUAUCCUGGAUCAAGUGAAGGCUUUGGGUUUCCAGCGAGCCACUGCUACAUCUAUUUCAUUAGGGAUUGAUGAUCUUUUAACAAUACCUUCUAAGGGAUGGUUAGUUCAAGACGCUGAACAACAAAGUUUUCUUUUAGAGAAAAACCAUCAUUAUGGGAAUGUACAUGUGGUAGAAAAAUUACGUCAAUCCAUUGAGAUAUGGUAUGCUACAAGUGAAUAUUUGAGACAAGAAAUGAAUCCUAAUUUUCGGAUGACUGAUCCCUCUAAUCCAGUCCAUCUAAUGUCCUUUUCGGGGGCUAGAGGAAAUGCAUCUCAAGUACACCAAUUAGUAGGUAUGCGAGGAUUAAUGUCGGAUCCUCAAGGACAAAUGAUUGAUUUACCCAUUCAAAGCAAUUUACGGGAAGGACUUUCUUUGACAGAAUAUAUAAUUUCUUGCUACGGAGCCCGCAAAGGAGUUGUAGAUACUGCUGUACGAACAUCAGAUGCUGGAUACCUCACGCGUAGACUUGUUGAAGUAGUUCAACACAUUCUUGUACGUAGAACGGAUUGUGAUGUGAGCAAUAUUAAUGUUGCCCUGUUGAAUGUGUCCACUGAUAAAGUAAUAAUCAAUUUCGAUAUGUUUCAUCCUUGCGUGGAAAACGGGAUUGUUGGCGAGCGCGAUAGUUGA